UGGCGAGCGGUUGCCAUGGGCGGCACUGGGUUGCCAUGGGCGGCACUGGGUUGCUACGAACGGGCGCGGCAGCGGCAGCGGCUGUCCGCUGGUUUCCGUGGGCGGGACUCGGUUUCUAAGGGCUGUCAAAUGGGAAGCAACGAUUGGCUGUCGGUUGCUAAGGGCGGGGACUCGGUUGCUAAGGACGGCCGAACGCAGCACAGCGAUUGGCCGGCGCUUGUCGGACCCGGCCGCGAUUGGCUGAUUCCUCCCCGCGGGGGGCGUGGUUUCUUUGCCGCCCGGGCGCGGCCGUGGCGGUGGCGGCCGGGCCGGGCCCGGCGGGCGGAGGAGGCGGCGGCGGCGGCGGCGGGGCCGGGCCGGGCCCGGGCCGGGCCCGGGGAUCGACCAUGGAGUUCCCCUUCGACCUGGCGCCGGUGCUGGGCGAGCGGUUUUUGCGUCGUGGAUCAGCACCUGCGGCCCGCGGGGCGCGGCGGCACCGCCAAACGGGAGGAGCUGGAGCAGCAGCUGAGGACGGUGAUCGAUGAGCUGGGCAAAGCCUCGGCCAAGGCCCAGGGCCUCUCCACCCCCGUGACCAGCGCGGCCCGAAUGGAGAGCAACCGGCACGUGCUGUACAUCCUGAGGGACACCCGCUCCCCCAAAGGCGCCGUGGCUCGGGUUUCUCAAGGUGGGCUACAAGAAACUUUUCCUGCUGGACCGGGACGGGUCCCACGUCGAGGUGGAGCCUCUUUGUGUCCUGGAUUUUUACAUCCACGAAUCCCAACAGCGCCGGGGGCUCGGCCGGGAACUCUUCCGGGAGAUGCUGCAGCGGGAGAGGGUGCAGCCCGAGAAGCUGGCCGUGGACAGACCCUCGGAAAAGCUCCUGGGGUUCCUCCGAAACAUUUCGGGCUCUGCGACCUCAUCCCGCAGGUGAACAAUUUCGUCAUCUUUGAGGGGUUUUUCUCCACCAGAACUGUUCCUGCCCGGCGCCCGUUCCCACGGCCGCGGCCGGAGGAGCCCAUCAAGCCGUACUCGCUGACCGAGCGCGACUUCCUGCGGGAGGAGCCGGAGCCCCCCUGGCCCUUUAACCUGUCCCGGGGGUCCCCGGUGCGGGGCAGCCUCCGGCCCUUCCUGCUGCGCCGCGAGACCCCCGCGGGGACCCCCCCGGAGCCGCCCCCGCGCCGCGCCAGCUCCUUGGGGCGCGUCGGCCGCUGACCUCCCCCAGUCCUUCCCCCCUCCAGCCACUGACCCCUCUCCCCCCCGGCCACUGCCUCCCCCUGGCCACUGGUCCCCCCUCACUCCGGCCACUGACCCCUCCUGGCCACUGACCCUCCUCGGCCGGGCCGUGGGGGGGGAUGGGGCCACCUGGAUUUUGGGGGGGCUGGGGACAACUGGGGGCCCCAUGGACUCAACUGGGAACCAGUUUCCGCCCCACUGGAAGCCUCAAUGGGAACCAGUUCCUGCCCCAUAACCCCCACUGGGACCAGUUCCUGCCCCACAGCUCUACUGGGAACCAGUUCCUACCCUACUGGGACCAGUUCCUGCCGCACAGCUCUACUGGGAACCAGUUGCUACCCCACUGGGACCAGUUCCUGCCCCAUAACCCCACUGGAACCAGUUCCUGCCCCACUGGAAACCAGUGCCCUGCCCCACGGGUGCCUCUCCGUGCCCCAUAACCCCACUGGGACCAGUUCCUGCCCCACAGCUCUACUGGGAACCAGUUGCUAUUCCACUGGGACCAGUUCCUGCCCCAUAACCCCACUGGGACCAGUUCCUGCCCCACUGGAAACGGUGCCUGCCCCACGGGUGCCUGUCCGUGCCCCAUAACCCCACUGGGACCAGUUCCUGCCCCACUGGACCUGUUCCUGCCCCACAGCUCUACUGGGAACCAGUUCCUGCCCCACUGGGACCAGUUCCCGCCCCACAACCCCACUGGAACCAGUUCCCGCCCCCGUGGGUGCCCCUCCCCCCCCCGCACGGCCCCGGGGGGGUUCCUUUCUCCCCCUCCCCCCUCGUUUUUGGGGACAUUUCAAUAAAAUCGGUGACUCCGA